CCCCGCGCCUGGCAGCGGCAUGGGGAUCUGGUCCUGCUGAGUGAGGACAGCUUCAGGGCCGCGUCCUGGGAGAAGCUGGGUCCAACGCUCUGGGAGACGGUUGCUUCAGCUCUGGGUUCCCGGCGGCUGGCCAGGCAAGGACGGGUGUUGCCGGAUGGGAUGCGGUCUCCCAGUGUCACCCUGCUGCUGGGCCAGGACGGCUGGGUGGAGCACGUGGACAACAGGAUCAGGUACACGUUCGACGUGACCAAGUGCAUGUUCUCACCGGGCAACAUCACGGAGAAGCUGCGGGUGGCCUCACUGCCCUGCUCCGGGGAGGUCCUGGUGGAUCUCUACGCAGGCAUCGGCUAUUUCACACUGCCAUACCUGGUUCAUGCGGUGAGUGGUGCUGCCUGGUUGCGGCCCCCCUGGCCCCACAUGGCAUCCCCCUCACCGCCCCUCUCCUUCCAGCUGGAGCUGCGGGAUGUAGCGGACCGGGUGAACCUGGGGCUGAUCCCCAGCUCGGAGGAAGGCUGGCCGGUGGCCUGCCGCGUCCUGAAGAAGGCCACGGGUGGGGUUCUCCACAUCCACCACAAUGUGGAGACUCUCCCUGCCCCAGCCCCCCUGCAGUCCCCGCUCCUGCCGGCUGAGCGGGGCUCUCCAGAGGGAGCCAGCUCUGAUGGAGAGGCACAGCACACAAUGGAGGAUGGUGGGAAAGAGACACUGGGGGCCAGAAUCAGCCCUGAGUGGCAGAGGUGGGCUGAAACCACAGCGGCACAGAUCCAGGGGCUGCUGGUAGAGCUGCACGGGCAGCCAUGGCGCACCAGCAUCCUGCACAUCGAGGCCGUGAAGUCCUAUGCGCCCCACGUGCAUCACCUUGUGCUGGACCUCGAGUGCCGGCCAGCACUGCCGACCUAG